AUCAGUUCAACUAAUAUAACUAGUUAUUACUAAAUAUUCAUACUAAUAUUAAUAAUUAAGAAUAUUAAAAAUGUGAAAGUUGGUAAGUUUGUUACUUUUUGACUAAAUAAAAAAAAUAAAAAAAACAAAACCUUGAGAUGAAAUUUUGCAUAAAAAUCGUUUAAACUAGGAUUGAGACAAGAUACUUUAGAUGGCAAAAGACAUGACCAGGGCAGCGCCUGGUAUAUCUCCUCUAAUAUAUGCAGUGUGUUCGUUGAUUCAUGAAUUUACCUACCUUUGGAUUUACAAAAAGACUGGACUUUAUAGGACAAAGAGUAACAAAAGUUAUUCCCCUAUUCCAGAAAAAUGCAACUGUUUCAUUAUUCUUCAAUUGCAAUUUUAACACGACUGAAAUCAUUAGGCACUUCCAGAGACUAUCAAUGAGAUACUAUAUUGAUUUAGUGCCAAUCAUUCCUACUGAUCGAGUUGCGGUAAAUCAGAUUGAAACAAGCUUAUUGAGAAUCCUUCUACCUAACGACAGACGCUUCAAGAACCAACUACUUGAUAAAUCAUUGCUCAGUUGAUAUCAAAAUCCGAAGCUAACGAGUAGAAUGAUCAUCGUAAAAAUAUCGUGAUAAAUCUAUAGCCAACUGUAGCCGACAGGGUUUGAUGAGGUGAAGCCGCUUGUGAAAAAUUGGAAUGGAAGCGAGUAUCCUUGACGAAAUGAAAGAUAUCUUACGUUGAUAUGAUCGGAUAUAUUGAACGCAAUGUGAUUGAUAUGAAUAUGUGCCAAGGUGCGGAACAAGGAAGCGCUGAGUUCCGUGAUGAUGUAUCGUAUUACGUAAUGUUUGUUAUGUAAAUCAGUAAAGUAAAUGCCUUAGGUACUUACAUACUUAAUAUUAGAGCGAUGAAGAUGGAAAGUAAUCAAAUAUCUUAACAUUAUUAAAUUUUGGCAGUAAGACGGAAAGGAAAAAUAUUUAUUCAUCCGGAAAUUCGCAGUUGCGAAAAGACUCGGGUAUACGAUCCGGCCACUUGAAGUUAAUUACUUAUCUUUAGCGUGUAUUAUCUGUAGCAUCGGUAUUCUAACGUGAAUAACACUAUACGUACCUACUUCACGUAUCAUCCUGUGUUUUUGCUGAUGGCAUUGAUACGUUAUGAGACCCAGAUGGGUAGGUACCACCACCCUCUCUAUUUCUGCUGCGGUCCAGCUUUGUGAUAUGCAACUAUGCAACAUAACUAUUCAACUUGAACUUAACCUUAUCUAAUGACCAAGAAGACAAGACCCUUUGAUAACAAAGUAAUCUUUUGU